GUCGACCGCUUCGCCCGACUGUCCCUGGAUUGCUAAGGAUUCCUCUGCGCCCCUCGGAGGAGCUCGGCAGCAUCAUGUCGCUGGCACACACAGCUGCAGAGUAUAUGCUCUCUGAUGCCCUGCUGCCUGACCGCAGGGGCUCUCGCCUCAAAGGACUACGUCUGGAACUGCCUCUGGACAACAUGGUCAAGUUCGUUACUGUGGGCUUCCCCUUGCUCCUGAUGUCUCUGGCUUUCGCCCAGGAGUUCUCAUCAGGGUCUCCGAUCAGCUGUUUCUCGCCCAGCAACUUCAGUGGCAGGCAGGCUGCGUAUGUGGACAGCUCCUGCUGGGACUCACUGGCUCACUAUAAGCAGGACGAAGCUGGCCAGUACACGGUGAAAUCUCUCUGGCCUCACAAGGCCCUCCCCUAUGCUCUAUUGGCCCUGGCUGUGGCCAUGUAUCUGCCAGUGCUGCUGUGGCAAUAUGCAGCUGUGCCAGCACUCAGCUCAGACCUGCUGUUCAUCAUCAGUGAGCUGGACAAGUCCUACAACCGCUCCAUCCGCCUGGUGCAACACAUGCUGAAGAUCCGGCAGAAGAGCUCUGACCCCCAUGUCUUCUGGGAUGAGCUAGAGAAGGCCCGGAAAGAACGGUACUUUGAAUUCCCCUUGCUGGAGCGGUACCUGGCAUGCAAGCAGCGCUCGCAUUCGCUAGUGGCCACCUACCUCCUGAGGAACUCGCUCUUACUCAUCUUCACCUCAGCUACUUACCUGUACCUUGGCCACUUCCAUUUAGGUGUCUUCUUCCAAGAAGAAUUCAGCUGCUCCAUCAAGACAGGGUUGUUACAUAAUGAGACCCAUGUGCCAGAGCUGAUCACAUGCAGGCUGACCUCCCUGUCUGUUUUCCAGAUUGUUAGUCUCUCCAGUGCAGCAAUAUACACCAUACUUGUUCCAGUGAUAAUAUACAACCUCACACGGCUAUGUCGGUGGGACAAACGCCUCCUCUCCAUCUAUGAGAUGCUCCCAGCUUUUGAUCUCCUCAGCAGAAAGAUGCUAGGGUGCCCUAUCAAUGACCUCAAUGUGAUCCUUCUUUUCCUCCGAGCUAACAUCUCUGAGCUCAUCUCUUUUAGCUGGCUGAGUGUCUUAUGUGUGUUGAAGGAUACAACCACCCAGAAACACAACAUUGACACAGUGGUUGAUUUUAUGACCUUAUUGGCUGGCUUAGAACCCUCAAAACCUAAACAUCUCACCCAACAUAUGUGUGAUGAACACCCAUAG